UAGCUAACGCAACAUCCAUUGCAGCGAGAUAUUUGCUUAAGGUCAUCAGACAUACUGUAGACAUUGUCAAGCAAGCCUAGUCUAGCAAGCCUCAACAUGAAAAUCAGCAUAGAGCUCCUGGUGAUUUUCAUAUCGUUUGCAUCCGCUGGUCCUUCAGUCAGUCGUAUUAAAGAGGAUAGCAUCUUCAAUUUUGGCUACAUGUCAUCAUGUGCUACUAACUCCAACAGUUACAGAUAUGAUGGAUAUGGUUGUUACUGCGGAUUCGGUGGCUCCGGGACCCCAGUAGACUCACUUGAUACAUGCUGUCAGGUACAUGAUAACUGCUAUGGUGAUGUGGAGGAGAAGAAAGGAGGACCUUGCUCAUCUGAUGUCAGCAUAUAUUGGGAGGACUACACAUACUCCUGCCAUGCACCCUGGAACUGGUAUUAUACAGCUGAUGAACUUACCAUUGUCUGCGAUGCUUCAGCCAAUAAUGAAUGUCAGCAAGCAUUGUGCGAAUGCGACAAGACGGCUUCCCUGUGCUUCGCAGCAAACGAAUUUCAAACUCAGUAUGCAAACUAUGACAAGGAAGCAAACUGCAAAGCCUAAAAACAUAUUAUUUUCACAUAUGCACAUACAGAUCUAUUAUUAGAAAUUAUUAAAAGUUCAAGUGCUAAAAUAAACAGGUGAAAAAGUAAUACAAUUCUAAAGUCAGGUAAGCAUAUGGGUUACGACUGUGUCAUGGAAAUGAAGGUAAAGUACAACAAAAAUUAGUCAUCACCACUUAAAUAAUUUCUCUUUCAAAUUAAUGAAAAAAAGUCAAUUUAAAGACAUAUGUCAAGUGAGAUGCAUGUUAUUAUAGAAAAAAAAUUAAAAGCAAUACUACACUUACAGUUUUCAUAAUGUUACUUGGAUUCACCUUCACCCCCCCCCCCCAAAAAAAAAAUAAUAAUAAUAAAAAAUAAUUCAAGGUUUGAUGAAUCAAGCAGUUAAACAUGGUAGACUUUAAGAUAAAGUAAAAUACAGUCCCAUUCAGAAUCUGUAUGCAUUUUCAUUCUUUAAGUUCAACAUGGAAGACUUUCAGCUUGUGUGAUAUACAUUGUGCAAUAAAGUGAGAUACAGUUCCCAUUCAGAGUCUGUACGCAUUUUCAUUCUUAAAGUUCAACAAGGGAGAUUUCAAGUUUGUGCAAUAAAGUGAGAUACAGUUCCCAUUCAGAGUCUGUACGCAUUUUCAUUCUUAAAGUUCAACAAGGGAGAUUUCAAGUUUGUGCAAUAAAGUGAAACACAGU